UGUGACUUGUGGUCUGUGCCGGCCCACAGGCCUUAGCCCCGCAGAGAAGGCUUUGUGAUUGGUUCUCGUUGGGCGAUGAAAGGUCGUUGCUAAGGGACACAUGGAUUCUCCCCAUAAAAAACUCACUAGGGCCCCUACUGACUCUUACAGUGACCUUUCUAUAGGCAACACAGAAAUGGGGGAAACUGACAAAAACAAAGACCUUAAAAGGAAGAGCCUCCUGGAAACUCAGUUUAGUCACAUCAGAUUCCUAAAGAAAAAGCAGCAUGGACAAAGAAACCAGCUGAACCAGAAUAUUAGGGCUGUGCAGGAGGGGAACAAGCAUGUUGCAAAAAAACCUCUGGAUACAACCUCACAGGUGAGGUCAAGUGCCAUUCUGAGAAAGCUAGCACAGAUAGAAAGCAAGAUCAUGACCCAAAAGGUACAGAUGGAUUUUUCUGAUACUGAGCUGGACCUGAAGAUUUCGGAUGAAGAGAACUUAUCAGCUAGAUCCAGCCUGGAGGAGAGUGCAAGAGGUAGCAGGUAUCUGAAGAAAAAUGACACAGUCAAGGAAAAUGUAACAUUGAGUAAAGUCCAUUUCAAGGGAAAAGAUAGCUGCCAGACAACAAAAAACAAAGUGCCAAUUAGAAAACAACUUAGUCUAGAUAGUGAUGAAGAGGAAAUGAGACAAUUACUAGGGAGCUCUUUGGAGUUUUCCAGUGAAAAUGAGAACCAGAAGGAUGUCAUCAAUUUUUCUAAACCUGAUGGAAAGCUAUUCAUGAAGUCCAAGAUGAAGAGUCCACCGAGAACAUCUUUUCCACCCAAAAACCAGUCUUCUUCGACAAAUCUAUUUAGUGCUCCUUCGCUACUUGGCAGAAGUUGUCAGAAAAGAACCUCUGAUAGAAUUAAUCCACAAACUCCCUCUCCACCAAGUGGAAAUUUGCCAAGACUAACUAGUAUGUCUUUUCAAUCACCAACUCCACUAAAAGACAGCAUUGCAGAGACCGCUUCACUUAGAAUGAACCAUAUCAAACAAAGUCAGGUGUCCUUGUCUGAAAGGAGUGAAAUCAAGUCUUUGGAUGAGUUGUUUUCAAAAGCAGCAGAUACAGAAGAUGCAACCAGUGAAAGUUCUAAUGACUUCAGAUUAAAUAUUUUGAGCAUUGAUGAUUUGGCUCCAAAUGUUUCUGGUGAUAGAGAAGCAUUAAAACAAAUGGAGACAGAUAUUCAAAUGGCUAAAAAAUCAGACAAGGACUCAGAACCAAAUGUGUUUCCUGUGAAUAAUGACCAAACCCCCCUUAAAAUGGUGAGUGUCUUAACUAGGACUAAUGCUGCUUCUGACAAUGAUAUGGAAGGGGAAAUCAUGACUGAAGCUGAAAUCUCUGAGUUUUUAAGUGGAAUUUCUACAGACUAUCUUAGCGUUAGACAAGUGUUUCCUGGACCUGAGGAGAGCACUGUUAAUUCAGAAUAUUCUGAAGACUUUGAAAAAUCUCUGUCUUUACCAGUAUCUGAGACUACAGACAGAAGAUCCUUGUCUGAAAUGUCAGUGGGGCAUUCUAACAGCUCUGUGUAUUCCAGAAAAGACCUUUCUCCCUCACUCUCAUCACCUCAAUCUAAGAAAAAAUGGCAUGAGACAGUAAGCAGAGUAACUGUGAAAGAGAUGGCUGUGCAGACAACUGCUUCUCCAUUCACCUAUCACUGGUCAAAGAAGGAUGGCACAGCAAUCCUUGGCCCAGCUGUAAGAUGCAGUUAUAUUGAUCCAGUACUUAUUGCCAGUCAUGUUGUCACCAUGGAUGCCCUGGAAGCCUUAACAGGGUAUAGUCCCGCAGUGUUUGCUUUGAAUGACAUGUUAAAACAGCACUUGAUACUGACCCAGCACUUUGUGGAGACGAUCCGCCAUCUUCAUUUAUCGCUUGUGGAGUCAUUGGAGAAUGAGACAUUUCAAUAUCACACACUGGCAGAAGCGAAGGAGUACAUCAAGAGUCACAAAUCCCCACCUCUGACAAUUGAGCAAGUAUUAGAAGAAGUUCAGAAAAUGAAAGAGCAGUAGCAGGAAUUGCUUCGACCUUACCAUAAUGAAUAACCGUAUUUACUUUCAUAAAUGGGAUUUUCAGCCACAAGUCUCAAACUGAAAUAAGAUUUUCAACUGUUGUAGAAAAGGCAGAUACUGAGUUAAUUUUGUAUGUGGUGCAAAUUCAUGCCAUCUGUAAACUUUAUCCUUAUGUACAUGCUGUUCAGAAACAGGAAAGUAGCCUAUCACUACAGAAAAUGUCUUAGUUUUAAUUACGUACAUGUCUUCAUGGGCAAGUUAGACUUAAAUGUGCUAAGAAAGAAACAGCACAUUAAAUCUAGCAAGCAGAGAAACAAAGGAUUAUAUGUAGUGUUUGUUGCAUUAUAAAUCAGAACUUGACUUGCAUAUUUAACAUAGCGGUGAUAUGGU